UCUCCCAUUUCCUGUAGAGUGCUGGUAUGUUAGAGGGAGAACUGGUGUUUACACGCACACACACACACCCACACGCAUACAGUAAAACAAGGCAGAGAGAGAGACGGACCUCAGUGGGUGCUCUGGAUGGGAGGACAUUCAGUUUGACAAGGAGCAGAGCCGCUGUCCUCUUCGCCCAGUGGGUCACAUCCUUUUACGCGAGCUCUCGAGGAUGGAUACUGGAAGGUCGGCCAGCUUCUGACACAUGUACACACUCGCUCACGCAUGCACGGUCUUAUGGAAACUUCUGUUGUGCGCUGGUGACACAGGGUCACAGAAUUGAAGUUCCCUCCUCUUUUUGUGCGCUGUAUGAGCGGCUCCAGCUGCUGGUGGAGGUCCUCUGCGGAUCUCCUUCACAUCAGGACUCUCACUGCCUCGACCAGGGAGAUCAGCGCCCGCCCUCAUCUAACUUUUCAUUACUCGGCAGGACAGGAGAGUUUAUGCCGAGUCUGGAUAUGUGGUAAUCAUCCCGUCUUUGCGUAACAGCAAGUGUAACAAGGUACCGCUGGCCUGGAUAUGAGGAAAUCCCCUUAUGGAACAUUUGAUGUGUGAUCUGCGGAGGAUCAAUUGGCGUCCCGAGGAUCAGGGUUUACCGCAGGUCAGGGGGUGAGCGGGGGACAGUAUGUCAGGGAUGCUGGUGAUGGAGGCGACAAAGCUUCACAGUCCCAGCUCCCCUCAGGUAUGACCCACACACUGACCCCCUCCUGGAACUCUCUGGACAGGGGUACGGCCGACUGGUUUGGCGUGAGCAAAGACAGCGACAGCACCCAGCGAUGGAGGAGGAAAAGCCUGCAGCACUGCGGCCAUCUGUACGGAGGCCUGAAGGCUCAGGUGAUAAGGGAAAUGGAGCUCCACAGCCAGGACAACCUCUCCCUGGCCAGCACUGAGACCCCUCCUCCCCUCUACCUCCCUCCCCUCCACCUCAGUCACCACCACUAUGGCAUGCAGAGGAUCGUAGACCCCCUGGCCCGGGGUCGUGCCUUCCGCAUGGUGGAAGAGGUGGACGGCUUCAGUGUCCCACAAACUCCCCUCACACCUGGCACCGGCUCCCUCUGCUCCUUCUCGAGCUCCCGCUCCGCCCUCAACCGGCUGCCGCGAAGACGCAAACGGGACUCUGUUGCUGUCAUGAGUCUCAAAGUUGCUGCAGCACUUAUGAAGGGCCGGACGUUAGGAGACGACACCUCCGGGCGACAUCGACGCCGGAGUUUCAUCCCUCCUAGUUUCUACGAAGACGACACUGUGGACCUUUCUGAUGAUCUGGACACUUCCUUCUUCACCAGAGACGGUCUGCAUGAUGAGCUGUCCACUUAUGCAGACGAGGUUUUCGAAUCACCGUCAGAGGCUGACCUCAAAUAUCUGGAUGAGAGCGAGCUCACAGGAAGUGCCCUGGAUAAGAAUGAACUGGAGAUGAGUCACCUCAUGCUGCCUUUAGAGCGAGGAUGGCGCAAAGCGAAAGAUGUCUCUCUGGUCCAGCCCAAAAUGCGUCUGAAACAGGAGGUGGUAAGUGUCAACAGCCAACAGCAGCGCGGACAACGGAUCGUGGUUCCGGUAAAGAAGCUGUUUGCCCGAGAGAAGAGGCCGUACGGGCUCGGCAUGGUGGGACGUCUCACAAACCGGACGUACCGCAAGCGCAUUGACAGCUUUAUUAAGAGGCAGAUUGAAGACAUGGAUGAUCACAGGCCUUUCUUCACCUACUGGAUCACAUUCGUCCACUUGCUCAUCACCAUUCUGGCUGUAACUAUCUACGGCAUCGCCCCUGUGGGCUUCUCACAACAUGAAAGUGUUGAUUCUGUGUUGAGGAACAAAGGAGUUUAUGAAAGCGUGAAGUUUGUGCAACAAGAAAACUUCUGGGUGGGACCGAGCUCAGAGGCGCUGAUCCACCUGGGAGCCAAGUUUUCCCCGUGCAUGCGUCGGGACGAAGAGAUCCAGAUACUGAUGCAGAAAACGAGAGCGAAAGAGAGAGAGUCUGGCUGCUGCGUGAGGAACGACCGCUCCGGCUGCCUGCAGACGUUACAGGAGGAGUGUUCGAGCACCCUGGCAGUGUGGGUGAAGUGGCCUCAGCACCCAAGUGUUCCCUAUCUGAAGGGUGAGCUUCGUCAGCAUGGUGCAGUCUGCCACCAGGACCCCAGAAUUUGUCUGGAGCCAGCCUCAGUUUCCCCUCAUGAGUGGCCUGAUGACAUCACCAAGUGGCCAGUGUGCACAAGGUACAACUCUGGGAAUCACACCAACCUCCCCCACAUAGACUGCACCAUCACAGGCCGGCCCUGCUGCAUUGGAACCAAAGGACGGUGUGAAAUCACUUCCAGAGAGUAUUGUGACUUUAUGCACGGCUACUUCCAUGGAGAGGCUACUCUCUGCUCACAGGUGGCAUGUAUGGAUGAUGUGUGUGGUUUGCUGCCUUUUCUCAACCCAGAGAUCCCAGACCAGUUUUCCCGACUCUGGCUGUCUCUCUUUCUUCAUGCAGGGAUCCUGCACUGCCUGGUGUCAGUGUUGUUUCAGAUGACCGUGCUGAGGGACAUAGAGAAGCUGGCUGGCUGGCUGAGAAUCUCCAUCAUCUACAUGCUCAGUGGCAUCACUGGAAACUUGGCCUCAGCCAUCUUCCUGCCUUACAGAGCAGAGGUGGGUCCGGCAGGCAGCCAGUUCGGUAUCCUGGCCUGUCUCUUCGUGGAGCUGUUUCAGAGCUGGCAGAUCCUCGAGCGACCCUGGCGGGCGUUUGCCAAGCUGGUGGCCAUCUCGGUCUUCUUCUUCUCCUUCGGUUUGCUGCCGUGGAUCGACAACUUUGCGCACAUCUGCGGCUUCAUAUCGGGGUUCUUCCUGUCCUUCGCCUUCCUGCCGUACAUCAGUUUUGGGCCUUCUGACAUGUACCGCAAACGGGUCCAGAUCUGCAUCUUCCUGCUGGUCUUCUUCGCCCUGCUCGCCGCCUUGGCCGUUCUCUUCUACGUCUACCCCGUCAAGUGCGACUGGUGCGAGUACCUCACCUGCAUCCCCAUCACUGACAAGCUCUGCGAGAAGUACGACCUGAACGCCCACCUCCUCUGAACCACUCGGGUGUUUCCUGCACGCGACUUGUGACUGAGCAGGAACAUUUGUCCUGGAAGAUGCUGCACAGUUUUGAAAGAAACAACAGAUCCUCCAAGAAUAAAAAAAACAUGUGCAUGAAAGCCUGAGUAGAGAUAUUCACGUACACAGGAGUAAAACAGGACUGAAAAGGACUAACCCUUACCCUAAAUGGUUUAUUAAUGUGUGACUGAUCUCUAGCUGGGCUAAUCACUGACCAGUCACACAUGGAGAGGGGUGGGGGAUGGGGGGAUUAUACAGGCGACUGUUCCUUGCCAAAUAAUUUACCUCUCUUCUUACGGGACUCAACAGCACCCCUCAGUGGCCAAAAGGAACCUGCCACCCUGACGUCUAUUGCAGAGGAGGAGCUGAGGAGAUUUGUUUUGUACUUCGUUUUACUGUCCUAACAGUUUAAUCCAUUUAUUGGAUUUUCUUAGAGUUAAAACACGCCAGUAAAUGUGACUCUGACUGUGCCUUAUUGACACACAACCACACACACAAAAACACACCUUGUUUUGUGCCAUGUAUCAGUUUGUGUCAGCGGUUUCUGGCAUUACAGGUCGUUAUUAAUUUAGCUUUGUCUAAACAGUUUUUCACAAUCUGACAAAAUCCCGUAAAAUGUGUGUUGACACAGCCUUUAAUGCACUUCUGUCACGGAUGGAUUGUUUUUUUUUAUAUUCACCCUGUGUCUCAAUGGCCAGUGCAGAGGGGAAUUUGUGAUGUUUGUUUUUUUAAUUGAAAGUGGUUGCGUUUUAGCUACCGGACAAUAAAGACAACAGGACACAGA